AUGAGUCAGAACGAGUUACAAACGUUUUGUUUGUUGGAGAUUGAGAGACUAUUGCAGAGUAAUGGGAAAUCAUUGAGAAAUUAUGCUGGGAUGCCGGUUCCUAAUAACUCUUUAGUCUCUCAAUUUAGCAAUUUGAUGCUGCUGCGUGAGUUGCAGUAUGAUACUGUUUCUUUGUCUCAUGAGCACGAUGCAAAUAUCUUAAAGUUAAAUGAAGAACAGAGGGUGGUCUACGAUAAAAUUGUUGACUGUGUUUCGAAUAAGAGGGAUGGAUUCUUUUUUGUGUACGGUGGUAUUGCUUCUCUGUUGUUACCUGGUUAUAAGACGGCGCAUUCUAUGUUCAAUAUUCCUGUUGACCUGACUGAAGACACUGUUUGCCGGAUUAAGAAGGACAGUCCAAAAGCUGAGGUAUUUCGAUUGGCUGAUUUGAUUAUUUAG